AUGGGAGGCAUCGGCGGUCUGACUGAAGAUGAGCUCGCCAAGUGCCGAGAAGCUUUCUCACAGUUCGACGCUGACAACUCAGGCACCAUCGAACCUUGGGAGCUCAAGAAGACGCUGAUGGCGAUGGGUCAGAAUCCAAAGGAGGAGCAGGAGGAGCAGGAGGAAAUGUUUCUCGAGCUGGAUACGGAUGAGUCUGGGUCGAUAGACUUCACAGAGUUCGUCUCGAUCAUCAGCAGACACAAGAAGCAGUCUGAGUACGACAGUAGCGAAGCUGAUACCAUCGCUGCUUGGAUAGGCAAACCUCUCCUCCCUCUCCACAGCGGUCAAGUUGACACUGACCGACUUCGAUCCCUGGUCACGAGGUUCUCCCUCACCAUCGACAUCGAGGCUCUGCUGCAGGAGGCCGACAAGGAUCAGAGUGGCUUCAUCGACUACGAGGUGAGGAGAGGGAGAGGGAGAGACUAG